AUGCGAACAUACAUCAACAACCGUAGCUACACGUGCCAAACAAAUGACCCCCCACCACCUCUUACUUCCCCUUGCCCGAUUUCUCCCUUUUAUUAUUAUUAUUAUUAUUACUUUCUGUCUCCCGCGUACGUUCCAUUUUUUUUUCAUCCUUUCUCCUUUCUCGGUCUUCUUAUAUUUCAUUUCCCCACCUCUCUCUCUCUCUCUCUCUCUCUCUAUCUAUCUAUCUAUCUAUCUAUCUAUCUAUCACUCUCUUUCUCUCUAUAUCUCUCUCUAUUUAUCUAUCACACUCUCUUUCUCUCUAUAUCUCUCUCUAUUUAUCUAUCACACUCUCUCUAUCUAUUGCUCUCUCUCUCCCUAUCUCUCUACUUCUUUAGUCUUUCACUCUCUUUCUCUAUUUAUCUAUCACUCUCUCUCUCUAUUUACGUAUCACUCUCUCUCUAUUUUUAUCUAUCACGCUCUAUCUCUCUAUUUAUCUCUCUCUCUCUUCUCUCUCUCUCUCUCUCUCUCUCUCUCUCAUUGAUGUCACUCCAUUUUUCCCAUUUUCUCUUUCUUUUUGCUUCACCUAAAAAGGAACAUUUUUCUCUUUCAUUUUACUACACCUUUUUCUUCUUUUCUUAUCUCUCUGUUUUUCUUUCUGUUACACUUCAUCUUCUGUAA